UGUCGCGCCGGCUCGCGAGGUGAUAAAGGGGGAAGCGCUAAGAUGGCCGCGUAGCGCGCGUCCGCCGGCGGCAGCAACGGGGGUCUCUCUGCGCCUGCUCUCCUGCGGCCCCUCCCCUUCCUUGCUGUGAGCGGAGCCGCCGGAAGGCGGAGGGUGCGGCCGCUGCUGGAUCCCGGGAAGGAGGAGGCGGCUGUGGCCGGCCCCGGGGAGCGGCGCGGGGAGGGGCGCAGGGAGGCGGCGGAGGCGGAGGGGGCGGAGGAGGUCUCGGAGGCCUCGGCCGCGUCGUGGUCCCGCUGCCGGCAGCCGCGGGAGCCUCGUGGGAGCCGGGCCGCGCCGGAGUCGGCCUCGUUCUUCUGCCCGUCGCCGUCGCUCGCCAGCAGGAUGCCCAACAUCAAGAUCUUCAGCGGCAGCUCCCACCAGGAUCUCUCGCAGAAGAUCGCCGACCGCCUCGGCCUCGAGCUGGGCAAGGUCGUCACCAAGAAGUUCUCCAACCAGGAGACGUGCGUGGAGAUUGGCGAGAGCGUUCGUGGUGAGGAUGUCUACAUCGUGCAGAGCGGCUGCGGGGAAAUCAACGACAACCUGAUGGAGCUCUUGAUCAUGAUCAACGCCUGUAAGAUUGCUUCAGCCAGCCGCGUCACAGCCGUCAUCCCCUGCUUCCCCUACGCUCGCCAGGACAAGAAGGACAAGAGCCGGGCCCCAAUCUCUGCCAAGCUGGUGGCAAAUAUGCUGUCGGUCGCUGGUGCAGAUCACAUCAUCACCAUGGACCUGCAUGCCUCUCAGAUCCAGGGCUUCUUUGACAUCCCUGUGGACAACCUCUAUGCCGAGCCAGCUGUCCUGAAGUGGAUCAAGGAGAAUAUUGUUGAGUGGAAGAACUGCACCAUCGUCUCGCCAGAUGCUGGAGGAGCCAAAAGAGUGACCUCCAUCGCUGAUCGGCUGAAUGUGGACUUUGCCCUCAUUCACAAAGAACGGAAGAAGGCAAAUGAGGUUGAUCGCAUGGUGUUGGUGGGGGAUGUGAAGGACAGGGUGGCCAUCCUGGUGGAUGACAUGGCAGAUACCUGUGGCACCAUCUGCCACGCAGCAGACAGGCUUCUUUCAGCUGGAGCUACCAAAGUUUAUGCCAUCCUGACUCACGGGAUCUUUUCUGGGCCAGCCAUUUCCCGAAUCAACAGUGCCUGCUUUGAGGCAGUCGUAGUCACAAAUACUAUCCCCCAGGAGGACAAGAUGAAACACUGCCCUAAAAUCCAGGUGAUCGACAUUUCCAUGAUCCUGGCGGAGGCCAUCAGAAGGACUCACAAUGGGGAGUCUGUCUCUUACCUAUUCAGCCAUGUCCCUUUAUAACAGUCGGUGCUGCUGCUUGUGUGGCUUUUUUGAAAAACCAAAAUUUGUUUUAAGGUUCAGUAGAAGAUUUUGCUUGUUUGAGUGCUGCCCUCCUCUGGGGCUUCCCAGAGCUUUGGAGGGAGAGUCACAGUCCAACCGCUCAGACCACCAUCCAUGGGCUCUUCAGUAGUUUAGGUUCCUAGCCAAAUUGUUAGAAACUGUUUCCAACCAGAGGAGGGUACCGCAGAUGCUGCCAAUUGCCACACACUUUUUACUGGGGGGCGGGGAAGAGGCCUGGGCUAAGAACUCACUUUGCAUGCGGAAAGUCCUGGAUUGUGCUGUAGAGGGAGAUCAGUAGCCACUGCUUGGCAGGAAGGAACCUUCCGGAGGGGGAGAGGAAAGGGCUUCUGUGUUCUGUGCUGCUGCUGGCAGACAGGCCCUCCGUCGCCUUGCUUGGACCCUUCCUUGCAAAGCCUGGCUUUCCUGACCCGUUUUGGGCCUCCAUGGUCCCACUCGCUUCAGAGGGGCCAAUCCGGGUCGUGCUUGUGAGUGUUCCUCGCUCUUUCCCCACAAAUUUCUUUUUUAAAAAAGUUUUCUAUGUCGGACCUUGAUUUGUAGCAUUUCUGCCCAAGAGGGUUGGUGCACCUUCAGAUGCUGUGGGGAGGAUUCUAAUGGGCGCACACAUGCUUGGCCACUUUUGGUAGUGAGGAGUAGGUUUAUUUUGGGGGUACUCCUUGUUAACUCUGACUUGACACUCCCAGAACAGGGCUGGGUGAACUCGGGCUGGUGGCUAGAGCUGAGGGCAGCAGAGACUGGAACCCAAAAGCAUUGCCUUAUUCACCAGUCUUGGAAGAGAGAGAACACAACGGCCCGGAUUCUGGACAAUCUGGUCUAACGCGGAAGGGGGAUGGUUCGAGGAAGCUGCUUGUCCCUCCAUCUCGGGCUGAGAGCAUGAGAAGGCUGGGCUGUGUAGGUGAGGGGUGGUCCCUUUGAGACACUGGCGAUGGUGUCUUUCUAAUAACUGCCCCCGUCUUCCUGGCUUUGGUUCCAAGGUAAUUCAACUCUUCCUUUGGGAGUGUUUUUGGUUUUGUGUCUGUCUCUGUGUGUUUGCUUCUGUGCUUUGGGUCCUUGGUGAUGCCUCUCUGGCCGUCGCCGUCUGCUCCACCCUGUGCUGAAGGGAGAGGGGCAAGAUGCAUUUAGAAGCAACGGAUUCAGCAGCGUUUGUGUUACUCAAGACCUCAAUGAAGGAAUUAAACUUUUAUUUAAACA